AUGAAACUCGCUUCGAUUGUGACAGUGGCAAGUGCUACUUCUUUUGCCUCUGCAACGAUUCUAGGGGUGUCUCCAGAAGAUCAACACAAGUACCAGCCUGACGCUAACAACCAGUGGAGAUGUCUCGGAAACCCCGAAAUUAUCCUCACAUACGACCAAAUCAAUGACGACUUUUGUGAUUGUCCUGACGGGUCGGACGAGCCCGGCACCGCGGCGUGCGCCUCUAUCCUCCGCUCGCCAACCCGGUUCUACUGCGCUAAUGUAGGCCACAUCCCUCGCUACAUUGAAAACCACAAGGUGAACGACGGAGUAUGUGAUUACGAGCUCUGCUGCGAUGGUUCGGACGAGUGGCAGGGCGUGGGCGGCGUACAGUGUCCGAACAAGUGCGCGGAGAUCCACGAGAAAUACGUAGCCACAAAGGAGUGGCGGGAGGCGGCACUUUCGCUCGGGUUGGUGGAAAAGAGUAAAUUAGUGCAGACCGCGGCCGAUAAGAAGGCCAGAGGGACCAAGGAGGUGGCAAAGUUGCGCACAGAGAUGGCCCAGAAAGCGUCUCGUUUGGACGAAUUGGAGGAGCAAUACAGACAGGCUCAAAGCAACAUCAAGGCGGUAUACAACAAUGCCGUUUCCGAAAGAAUGUCCUUGGUGAAGGGCGAAUACGCAGCGCAGCAGGAGCGGAUGUCGGUGGUAUCGCAGCAGGCGGCAUACUUGGAGGAGAUUUUGGCCAAGUUGAUUGAAAACUACAACCCCAACUUUAACGAUUUGUCGGUCAAAGAGGCUGUGCAGAACUUCCAGGACUACACUGUUAACAAAGACACGAGUUUCCAGGCGGAACCAGUCGACUUGCACCUUAUGGACGUUUUGGAGGAGUCUUUGAAGGAGAUAGACAUUGAGCAACCAGCAAAGAGCCUGUCUCUCGUGGGAUAUAUCCACAACGUAUACAGGGACUUUGUAACAUCCUUUUUGGGUACGCCUAAUGGGGGUCAAGAGACCAUGGUUGUUAUGCCCGAUACCCAGGAGAUUGAAGCUGUCAAGAAGGACAUUGCCAGCGCCGAGCUGAAGAUCAGCAGCCACUUGAAAGAGUACGAGGGCGAGUCUUUUGGCGAAGACGGUAUUCUCCACGCGUUGUCCGAAAAGUGCAUCACCAACAAGGUGGGCGAAUACGACUACGAUUUGUGUUUCACGGGGUCCAUUCACCAAAAGGGGCACGGCUCCAACGUUGCCAUAGGUACGUUUGAUCGUGUGGUGUACGAAACCAACAACGAGACGAGUGAAAAGGAGAUGAAGAUCUUUUACGAGGACGGAGCUCAGUGCUGGAACGGGCCCAGACGUCGGGGGGUCGUUUCCGUGACGUGUUCGAACGAGUUUGAGAUUGUGAGUGUGACCGAACCGGAAAAGUGCGAGUACCAUUUCAAUGUCAAGUCGCCGCUCGGGUGCUUUGAGGAGCAGUUGGCGAUGAUUGGGGAGAAGAUCGACGUGGGGAAGAUUGCCCAUGAUGAACUCUAAUCAACCUAGCAUUAGCUAGGGUAUAUGUACCGGCCGGUGGUGUUUCGCCUAUUGAGUAGUGAUUCAGUUCUAUGUUCAUCACACUGUAAAGAUUCGUAUUUUAUUUGUCAAGAGAGUAGCAUUUAGAUGUUUACAAAACCUUUUAUAGAUAUCAGCAAUACAUUUCGCCAUCAAAACUCCAAAGUUCCGGACAAGCAGUUGAGGCAGGGUG